AUGACUUCAGCCCGAGGUUCAAAAAAGAAACCAGCGAAAGGAAAUACAGCUCCACCGCCGGCAGAGUGGGAGAGAUGGACUAAAGCAAAAGGUAAAGGACUUCAUCUUAGUGAUACACCAUUGCCUCAAGAUGGUUCUCCGGAGUCGUCACUUUAUCAUUUCGACGAAGAUUCAUGGAAUCGAUUCAUGGCAUGGUCUUUGAAUCCUAAACCUUUACCAAUUGGUCCAUCAAUCUUAAACUUGUCGGUAGCUACAAGGAUGGUAUGUCUUGGACAAUGGCUUGGGAAUGAGGAAAUGGAUGCUUUCAUGUUCAUAUGGCGAGUGAAUACCACUUUGGAGCGUUGGGCCCCAAGACGUGUUGCGUUCAUGAACGCUAUGUUUUGCUUACAAAUAAAUGCUGCAUACAACAAUUUCUCGGUUGACAGAAGAGGCUAUGACUUGCCUGAUUUUCUUCUUGGAUAUGGUAGAGGUGAGCUUCCAUCUCAUGGGCGGAAUGAUCAAGUUUGGGGUGUUGAUGUAGAUCGUCUCUACUUUCCUCUAUUUGUGAAUGGUAAUCACUGGAUUGCUGUCUGCAUCAACAUCAUUGAGAAAAGGGUGCAAGUCUUUGAUUUCAGUCGGGGAAGGAAUAGGCAACACGUUGAGAAGUUUGCUGCUUUGAUUCCGAGGAUAGUGAAGGCUGUGGCACCACCUCAAAGCAAGAAACAACUACUUCUUCAGCCAUAUUCUAUCGUAGAGGUACCUAUGAAGGCACGAUUGAAUAAGUCUUGUUGUGAUUGCGGGGUGUACGCACUGAAACACUUGGAAUGCCACCUCCUUGGUCUCGACCUCAGUCUAGUGGAUGACGAAAACAUCCAGGGUUGCAGACAGAAGAUUGCUGUGGACUUAUGGGAGGCCACACACGAUCCCAUUUAUGCAGAGGCUAUGAAACAAUAUGUCCCCUCACCUUGGGAGAGGUCUGGGUCCUAUGAUCUCGAAGACUAG